GUAACCUGUUUAUAGUUUCAAAAAGCCGAAAAUCUUGAAGAUGGACAAUUUAAUCAAAACCUAAAAUAUCCAGGUGCAAUUAAAAUAUCGCUUUUCGAAAUAAUGAACAAAUGCAAGUAAUAAAUCUGAACAAUUGCAUAGCAACAUGAUUGAAACAUGCACAAUGUGUUAUUGCAGGACAGCUAAUUAAAUUGAAAUAGGGCAGCACUGCAGUGCAAAGUACAAACUCCAGUAAAUUAAGAUAGCUGGCCUUGCUGGCCCUACUAACAGUGCGUAAUUGUGUGCCGGUGUAGCGCAGCGUUUCUCUUAGUGAGCCCUGAGCGACAUCCAAUAUGGCGUGGCCAUCGUUAUGCUCAAGAAGAUUGACAACAACUAACAGUUAUGCUUUGCUGAUGCUCGUGCUCUUGCUCCAAAAAGCCGGAAAAGGAUUCUCGAAGGCAGAAACAGAGCCGGCAAACACGAGCGUGGCGGCGCUGGAUCAGCCGCGCUUCAGCCACGAUCAGCUGACCGUGAACAUCUCUGUUCAGCGCGGCAGCUCCGUGCAUCUGCACUGCAAAGUUACUGGCCUCAGAGAUCAGUCCGUCUCGUGGUAUCGCAGAAAGGGCUCAGAAAUUCAUCUCAUCACAUGGGGAUUCCAGACCUAUCACAAUGACGACAGGUUCUCGCUGACGUACGACCAUCCACAAGACUGGCGCUUGCGUAUAAAAUACGUGCAGGACAGAGACGAGGGCACGUAUGAGUGUCAGGUGUCCACGUACCCUCCAUUGACACGUACCAUACACCUGCACGUGGUCGUGCCAGCAAUCCAGAUCCUGGACGACCGAGGCGAAGUUCUAACCGAGAAGUUCUACAACAGCGGCUCGACCAUCGAACUUCAGUGCGUGGUUGCCAACGUACCGACGGCCUCGUCCCUGCAGCUCGCUUGGUACCACGGAGAGAACAGACUUAACUAUGAUGCUCGCCGUGGGGGCGUUAGCGUUAAGACAGAACUGCGCGGUACUCUGGCCAAAAGUUGGCUCAGAGUUGGUGACGCUAAGACCGAAGACUCUGGCAUAUAUUAUUGCAACGUCACAGAGCUGUCUGCUACAUCUGUCACCAUACACGUCGUAGCAGAGAAAUACCCAGCAGCCAUGCAGGGCGCCUGGAGCCCCACCACAGACCGCGGUGUCCCGUGGCUGGUAACCACCGUCCUGGCGCUGCUUUGGUUCAGCGUCUGCAACUCCUGCCGCGAUAGAUGAACUUCCUCCUUCAGUAGUAUCGGCAUUAAUUGAUUAAUUGUGAUCAAUCAAUUAGUUAAUUAAUUGUGAAUGAUUCAUUAAUUAAUACAAGGGAGCAAGGUCGUGAUCUGCCAAGUAUAACAAGAUAUUUUAUCGGGCAUCAAGCAGUUCAGUGCAACGCGACGCGUUUACCAAAAGUAAGAAAUUUUGUCGGCUUAGUUUUGGGCACUCACAUUUUUUGGUACACAAAGCAAGCCAACCAUCACAAGUUCAAAGGUUCACUCAUAACCCGGAUUUUUGCUAUUUUUAUUUUGCUUACA